AUGGAGCUAAAUAAUGGUAUGAUGAAUCGAGGAUUGUUUUGGAAUGUUGUACCAGGUUAUUUUUGGGCUGAGCUGCACGUGGAUCGAUUAAUCUUAAAGCAAAGUAGUUAGAAAGAUCCUUUGUUGAACUUUACAAUGAGAUUGUAAUAGAAAAAGACAAUAUAUCAUUAAAGAACUACAAGUCCAAGGCUGAUAGUACUAUAAGAUGAUUCUGAUUCAUCAAAACAUAGUGAUUUAAAGAAGAGUUACGGUACUAAGGAAUCUGGUGAUAAUGUUGGAAAUGAUAGCUUAAAAGUAAAUCGUCGUUAUCAAAAUUAAAAAACAAUCUCUAAAAAGAUGGGCAAUGUAAAAAUAAAUCCAUUUCAUUCAACUUCAUCAUCAAGUCCCUCUCAGAGAUCUUAAAAUUACGAAUAGAAAAGCUUGAUAGUCUAAUCAAUUAUGUAAAGAACUAGUGGAUAUCAUAAUAAAUAAGAAUCUAUUCAAUCUAAGCAAGAUUAAUACGUUGUAGUGAGAUAAACUAUUGAAAAAAUCUAGGAUUAAUCAUAUGGUACAGGGCAUAAUCAUUUGAUUAAAUUCCCUGACAGCAAAUCCAUAAGCAAAGCUUCAAAUUCGUCAAACAAAGAAAGCAUUAUUUCUAGCAAUAAAAGCAUAAUUGAUCCAAGAAGGCCAAAGAUUCCUCAUAUUGAAAUUGGAAAUCUACAAACUGAAGUAGAGCCAUCACCUAGAGAACUAUAUACUAAUCAUCGAUUUUUGGAAACAGAAGAACAAGAUGAAUUACCUGAGAUGAGAUAGGAAGAGACAAAAGAUGAUAUAGAGGCAAUGUACAACGAGAUAGGUAAAGAUAUGAAAAAGUCUACAUAAUGA